AUGUCCAAUCUCCAGCGCUUGGACCGGGCGGAGGAUACAAGAGCAUGGGCGAGGGAGAGUGCAUCCUCAUUCAUCCAUCCAUCCAUCCAUCCUCCAACUCCCGCCCUUAUGCCAUUAUCACGUCUGCCCCAUCCCGCUGCCUGCAUCUGCGCUGCAUGCGCAACGCGUCAUUUGCACAUUGCCGCGCCAGUCCGGAGCCAAACCCGCAGCAUACGCCGGUUUCAUUCACGAUUCCCUAUUCCCUGUGCCUGGUCCGUCUCACUUGAUGGCAGUGACAUGAUGGCCCAACGUCGCAAUCACAGGCCAUCCUGGUGGAACCCCAUCGCCAGCUCAUCCACGCCCAAUCUCACUUCUGUCUCUGCCAUGCCCAUUCGCUCCCCACAACCUGCGCCUAGUGCCUCUCUAGCCAGCAUACCCAUCGUCGAUUCUCCCUACAGAUUGCCACCCACAACCCGUCCGCUAGCUCCAAGUAGUAUCACGGCCAAAACUUGGAAUCUUGUUCAAACCCGGUCGACAUGCGCCACAGUGGCUGAAAUAAACUCACAGCCCCCAAUUGUCUGUAGUCUCCACCAUCUCUUCCCCAUGCAGACCUCCCCGGUCAGUAUCUUACUGGCGGGUCGACAUGCACUUUUCUAA